AUGGAACACCUUCUCCUUAGUGACUUUGAUCCGACUGAGCACACAUUACCAGGAAUAUUGGAUCAUUAUGCUCAUCUUCGACCAGAUGCUGUCUUCGCAGAGUAUCCCCUAUCCCAAUCAUCGUAUAGCCAGGGAUACCGCAAGAUUACCUACCAUGAUCUGGCUAAUGCUGUCAAUGGAGUUGCCAGAUGGCUGAUUCAGAACCUCGAAAUGGGCAACGGGUCGACGAAACUUGCUUACAUCGGACCGAAUGAUAUGCGAUAUAGUGUGCUGACACUGGCAUCCAUCAAAGCUGGAUAUUCGUGCAAGGUUAUCAUUUGCCCUACACCACGUCCCCCACAUAUUCUCGGAAUUUUAGAGGGAGACGAAAUGCACGUGUUGGAUGUACCGACAACACAAGAGCUCCUCGACACAGCUUAUCCACCCCUUUCAUUCUCGAGGUCUCUCGGAGAGGUUUUGUCCGAACCCCUGUUGACCAUCCAUACUUCCGGCUCAACAAGACUACCCAGACCUAUGACAUUUACGCAUGAUACGGCAAAGAAGGGGAUGACGAUGCAUUGCUUGGAUGCUCCUGAGGAAUACCAAUGUUUGAAUAGGGUUUACUAUGGGAAGCGAGUGUUUCUAGUUCUUCCUCCCUUUCAUGGUGCCUGCUUGGCUAGCCUACUUCUAAAUGCCCUACCAUUCAGCACUGUCAUGGUUGCCCCACUUUCAGGAGCGAUCCCAUCAGCCUCGGGACUGGUGGAGGGUAUAAAGCAAAGCAAGGCUAAGGUAGCCAUCGUUCCUCCAUCGAUUCUGGAAGAGCUGGUACAAGAACCUGAUUUGCUAGAAUACUGUGCCGUAAGCUUAGAUUGUAUUAUCUACUGCGGUGGAGACCUCCCACAACAAGUAGGGGACGUGGUCGCAAUCAAGAUUCCCUUGUACAACCAAUACGGUUCGACAGAACUAGGGCUUUUACCCAUGAUUCUGUCCAAUUCAUAUCGCAAACCAAAGGAUUGGAAGUAUCUUGAAUUCCAUCCCGAUAUGGGCUUACAGUUUCGACCUGCAAUGGAUGAUCUGUAUGAACUAUGCAUGGUUCGUCAGAAACUCGUGGAGACACAGCUUGUCUUUACAUAUCCUGGUUUCACAGAAGCAAACGAAUAUGCAACGGGGGAUCUUUUUGAGCGCCAUCCAUCACCCGGGAAGUUGGGAUUGUGGACCUGGCGUGGCCGGCGAGAUGAUAUUAUCGUCCUUACCAAUGGGGAGAAGAUCAACCCGGUCGGCAUGGAGCACUGCAUUAUAUCUCGCAGCAGCGUAAUCACGGGCGCUCUAGUUACAGGGUCACAGCAUUUCCAGCCGAUACUAUUGGUGGAGAUGAAAAAUGAUGCGUGGGAAAGAAAAUCAAAGGAUCGUAAUGCAUUGUUGGAAGAUAUAUGGCCCAUCAUCCAAGAAGCGAAUCACAUCGUUCCCGCAUAUGCACGCAUUGAAAAAACACAUGUCCUGUUUACUGAACUUGCAAAGCCAAUGAGACGUUCUGCAAAGGGAGCCAUUCAGCGUGCAGCGACAAUCAAGCUAUACCAGCAGGAGCUUGAGGCACAUCAUGCAGCCGUUGCAUCUGACCAUUUCGUUGAAGAGGGACCAGGCAUUCUCAGCUCAGGUCAAAUGACCAGCCACAAUUCUGUGGUUGGAUUCACCAAACAAGCAAUUCUAAGAAUCACAGAGUGGGACUGCUUAGAUGAGAGCGAUGAUUUCUAUGUUCACGGAAUGGACUCCCAACAAACUUUAAGCGUGGUCCGAAUCCUUAAAAAAGGCUUGCCUUGCACGGGCGUUUCUCCCGGGAUGUUGUAUGCGAACCCUUCCGUGACAGCUCUGACACGCGCCUUGGUCGAUAAAAGCUGCGAAAAUCAUGGGGCUCAUCAGCAGGGUAUCGUAAGUAAGAGCUUAACUGAGAGAUACAAAGCGCUACAGAUGUAUCAAGGCUUGAUCGACCAAAUCCCUCGGGUGGAGGCUUCAUAUUGCCGGCAAGAAAAACAUUCUGUUAUGCUCACCGACAGUAUAAAUGGGACAGGACCAUACAUUCUUGACAUGCUUCUCAAACAUCCCUCGGUAGCCCAUGUCUACUGUCUUUCACAUGUCCACAAUGGCCUUGCGCACCAGAUAGAUGCUAACGAAUGCCGACGACUUGGAACCAAUCUGGAUCCGCUGAACAUUACCUUUUUAGAAGCUGACAUAUCGCAGAAGGAACUUGGCCUCCCACCUAGUAUCAUUGACAAUCUUCGGCACAGUGUCACGAUCAUUCUGCAUAACGCAUGGCCUAUCAACCUCAAUUGGGCAUUCUCCUCAUUUAAGCCCCAUCUUGUCGGCCUGGUUAACCUUCUCCACUUCUGUGCGGUCGCAUUUGCCCGGCCAAAGCUCUUCUGGGUCUCUUCCAUUGGUGCCCUUCUCAAGCUGCACGGCGACUCCGGGACAUUGCCUGAGCAAUUUAUACAGAUGGAUCAGCCCAGUGUUAACAACUACGGCGAAAGUAGAUACGUCGGAGAGCAGCUUCUUCACUACGCCCAUGACCAGCUAGGCAUACCCAUAUCUAUCGCUCGUCUGACAUACACCCCGGGCACAAUGAAUCAUCCAUCCGUGUGGAGCCCUGACGACUGGUUAUCAGGCCUGGUUUCCGCAUCACUACAAAUAGGCGCUCUUCCUGACUCUCUGGGGCAGCGUUGGAGUCACGUCGACUGGAUUCCCGUUGACCUAUUAUCUGACAUCCUCGUCGAUCUUGCGCUAUCCCAUGGUUUUGACGAUGCUAGAAGGGAUAAUGAAGUGGGGUCUCGACCCCAGGUCUUUCAUCCUGUAAAUCUUCACCCCGUCGACUGGUGUGUCGUUCAAAGUAUCAUCAUCGAGGAGACACAAAAUAUCACUGGUCAACGCUUGAAACCCAUUUCACUUCAUGAAUGGAUACAGCAGAUCCAAAUCGAGCAUGAUUCACAUGUUUCAGGCUCUGAUCAACCCCAUAACCAAAACCAGGAGGAAGAGGGAAACCGGACCUCAUGCCGGCAAAAGAUGUCUGGUCUACAUUCCGCCAUGCGCAUGCUGGACUUCUAUCGAGAUGUAUUUGCCAGUGAUGCGAUACAUGCAUUACCGGAGACCGAAAAGACAGCCAAAUCGAGUGCUAUACUCCGGAGCGUUCCAGCGGUCCAAGAUGAAUGGAUCCGGAAGUGGGUGCGCGAAUGGGUGGAAGGUUUUUCCUAG